CCCAGCCAGCCUCUUAGGUGGGAAAGCAGCCAGCUUGCCUCCCCCAUCAGUUACAGGGAUAUUUAAGAAAAAGCCCAGCCCAACACGGAGGCUGAGGACUGCCUCUGCUGACCUGCAGCCUCCUCCCCUGCCUUGCCCACCUGGCCUCAGCUGGGUCCAUCAUGCCAUGCUAAGCAGUCGAGUGGGCCUGGGGGCUGCCUGCCCGACUACUGGGCAAGGAUUGUGGGCAUCAUGGGGGUGCCUGUGAAUGGGGCUCCUGGGUGAGACCUAGCCCCCACCCCCCAGGAGUUUAAGGGGGUGGGGGUGAGGCUGAGGAUAGGAUGGCGCGGGGCGGGGUGGGGGCAGAGGAGGCCUCCCUGCGCUCAAACGCAUUGUCCUGGCUGGCCUGUGGGCUCCUGGCACUGCUGGCCAAUGCCUGGAUCAUCCUCAGCAUCUCAGCCAAGCAGCAGAAGCACAAGCCACUGGAGCUGCUGCUCUGCUUUCUGGCAGGCACGCAUAUACUCAUGGCAGCUGUGCCCCUCACCACCUUUGCUGUGGUACAGCUACGGCGGCAGGCUUCUUCCGACUAUGACUGGAACGAGAGCAUCUGCAAGGUCUUUGUGUCCACCUACUACACACUGGCUCUGGCCACCUGUUUCACAGUCGCCUCGCUCUCUUAUCAUCGCAUGUGGAUGGUGCGCUGGCCGGUCAACUACCGCCUCAGCAACGCCAAGAAGCAGGCACUGCAUGCUGUUAUGGGCAUCUGGAUGGUCAGCUUCAUCCUCUCCACACUGCCCUCCAUCGGCUGGCACAACAAUGGCGAGCGCUACUACGCCCGAGGCUGCCAGUUCAUAGUCUCCAAGAUUGGCCUUGGCUUUGGUGUCUGCUUCAGCCUCUUGCUACUUGGGGGCAUUGUCAUGGGGUUGGUCUGUGUGGCCAUCACCUUCUAUCAGACGCUAUGGGCCCGGCCCCGAAGAGCUCAGCAGGCCCGGAGAGCAGGGGGCAGCGGAGGAGCCAAGGCAGGUGGGCUGGGGGGCUUGGGUACCCGGCCAGCUUUUGAGGUGCCAGCCAUUGUGGUGGAAGAUACCCGAGGCAAGCGACGGUCCUCACUGGAUGGCUCUGAAUCUGCCAAGACAUCUCUGCAGGUCACCAACUUGGUCAGCGCCAUCGUCUUUCUCUAUGAUUCACUCACAGGGGUGCCUAUCUUGGUGGUGAGCUUCUUCUCCCUGAAGUCAGACUCAGCUCCUCCGUGGAUGGUGUUGGCUGUGCUGUGGUGCUCCAUGGCACAGACACUGCUGCUGCCCUCCUUCAUCUGGUCCUGUGAACGCUACCGUGCCGACGUGCGCACAGUGUGGGAGCAGUGUGUGGCAAUCAUGUCGGAGGAGGAUGGUGAUGAUGAUGGGGCCUGUGAUGACUAUACAGAUGGCCGAGUGUGCAAAGUUCGUUUUGAUGCUAAUGGGGCCACAGGACCAGGGGGCCGGGACCCCACCCAGGUGAAGCUGUUACCUGGUCGGCACAUGCUCUUCCCCCCUCUUGAGAGAGUACACUACUUACAGGUCCCCUUGUCCCGCCGACUGUCCCAUGAUGAGACCAACAUCUUCUCUACCCCUCGGGCACCAGGCUCCUUCCUGCACAAGUGGUCAUCCUCUGAUGACAUCCGGGUCCUCCCGUCCCAGAGCCGUGCCCUUGGGGGCCCUCCUGAGUACCUGGGACAAAGACACAGGCUGGAGGAUGAGGAGGAUGAAGAAGAGGCUGAAGGUGGUGGGCUGGCUAGCCUUCGUCAGUUCCUGGAAAGUGGGGUUCUGGGGUCAGGUGGGGGUCCCUCACGGGGUCCUGGCUUCUUCCGGGAGGAGAUCACCACCUUCAUCGACGAGACACCUCUGCCUUCUCCUACUGCCUCACCAGGACCUUCUCCUCGCCGACCCAGGCCACUGGGUCUCUCACCACGCCGACUCUCCCUUGGGUCCCCUGAUAGCAGAGCUGUUGGACUUCCUUUGGGGCUAAGUGCAGGGAGACGCUGUUCCCUGACAGGGAGUGAGGGGAGUGCAAGGGCUUGGGGAAGACCCUGGGGCCCAGGCAACCCCAUCUUCCCCCAGCUGACGCUGUGAGCCCAAGUGGUCUGCUGAACUCAGAGGGGGCCUGGGUAUACCUCACUCUGGCCCUGAGACUAUGGCAGCUGCCUCUAGACUCCGGGCACUAGAUCUGGGCUCUGGAGCCCCUUGCUCUGUCCCAUCCAAGUGACCAGACCAGAUGCCCUACUCACCUUCCAUAACCCUUAGCAAAAUGUAUUAAAAUCUGAAGUGUUGCC